AUGCCGCGUAAAUUGUUAAAGUUCUUGAUAGUGUUUGAUAACACAUCAUUGCUGUAUUUCCCUGGCCAGUUCUUGUCAGGGAAAGUGCUUAUGGAGUUGCAAGAUGACACACCUGUGUUAGGUUUACAUUUCCAUGUUAUUGGUGAAGGAGUGGUAAGAGUCGGAUCUGGACGCCAUGAGAGACUGUUUGACAAGGAGAACUAUAUCGACUUCAGAAUGAGGCUCCUCGGGGAAUCAGGUCACGGCACAUCAGUCCUGUCUCCUGGUAUACACAGCUUCCCAUUCAAGUUAGGCCUCCCUAUGGGCCUGCCGUCAACUUUCCUCGGGACACACGGUUGGGUUCAGUACUACUGCAAGGCAGCACUGCGAGAACCCAACGGCCUCACACACAAGAAUCAACAGGUCUUCAUAGUUAUGAACCCAAUUGAUUUGAAUUUGGAACCACCAGUUUUAGCUCAACAGUUCGAGUGCAGCGUGGAACACCGGCUGGGCGUGGGGUGCGUGGGCGGCGGCACGGUGUCCUGCCGCGUGUCCCUGGACCGAGGAGCGUACGUGCCCGGCGAGAGCAUUGUGCUGAGCGCGCAGCUCGUCAACAACUCGCGCACCACACUUAAAGCAACUCGCGCUGCCCUCACUGAGACCAUCCAGUACUGCGCGCACGGCAAGGUGGCGGCCAAGGAGGUGCGCGAGCUGGCGGUGCUGACGCACGGCAAGACGCGCGCCGGCGCCAGCGACGUGUGGCAGCACGAGCUGCUCUACGUGCCGCCGCUGCCGCCCACCAACCUGCGCGGCUGCCAUCUCAUCUCUGUGCAGUACGAUGUCUUUUUCAUAAUCGAGCCAAAGAGCUUAGAAAAAGAAAUAAAACUUCAACUUCCGAUUCUGGUCGGUACGUAUCCGUUCCGUGAAGAGGGCGAGGAGCCGCAGGCGCCUACGCAUUAUCCCAGCACGCUGCCUAUCUUCAGACCCUGGUUGCACGACAAGCCUGGACAUUGA